GAAGGCAGAGAGAGAGAAAAGAGGGUGUGAACAAGUGAGAGAGAGAGGGAGGAAGUUUGUCUUCCUCUUCAAUCACUCGAGGAUCUCACACUUCACCAACCGACUGAUCAAAUGUGACGGAAAUGUAAAAAGACAGCCACAUCGGCCUCAUAUAAUCGUACUGGAUGAUGACAGCCGACUCCGUUCUCUCAGCAAGAUGUUGAGUCCAUCGCAGAAGAACUUCAGUGAGGAGGACAGUUCUGGAUCAGAUGCAGGGUCAGAGGUCAGUCUGGAACCGGAGACAGACCGGUUUGGCUUCAUUCUGGCCAAUGGAUCCACAGCUGGGAGUGUGGGUCCGUCCCCUGAACUGGUCAGGCAGAGGGAGGCCAAGUGGAUAAACAUCAUUGGACAAUGGGAUCGCAUCUUGUUGAGGAAGAGCAGUAAGGUCAAAGUACAGUGUCAGAAAGGAAUCCCAGCGUCGCUCAGAGCAAAGUGCUGGCCUCUGCUGUGCGGAGCCACUGACAAGAUGAAACAAAAUGAAACACUCUACACGGCAAGAACACUUAACUGUGGCUUUCUAAUUAUUAAUCGCAAUUAUUCUCUGGACUCACUGCCGGGUCUGCAGAGUUGGGUGGAUGUGAUUGAGAGAGACCUGGACCGACAGUUUCCUUUCCAUGAGAUGUUUCUCUCAAAGGAUGGACAUGGGCAGCGUGGUUUGUUCCGGGUGUUGAAAGCUUACACUCAGUACCAACCAGAGGAGGGUUACUGCCAGGCUCAGGGGCCGGUGGCUGCAGUGUUGCUCAUGAACAUGCCUGCAGAGGAGGCCUUCUGGUGCCUGGUUCAGAUCAGUGAGCAGUACCUGCCUGGAUAUUACAGCCCUCUGCUGGAGGGAGUGCUGUUUGAUGCUGCCAUGCUGACCUGGGUUCUGAAAAAGACGUGUCCAGCUGCACACAAACAUCUGCAGCAUCACGGAGUGGAGCCCCUCAUGUUUGCAACCGACUGGCUGAUGUGUCUGUUCACGCGUCACCUCCCAUUCAACACACUUCUCCGGGUCUGGGACCUCUUCUUCUGCUAUGGGGUGCGGGUGCUGCUCCAGGUGGCGGUGGUGCUGGUGCGUCGGGUGCUGGGCCGGGCCGAGCAGAGGAAGCUGUGUCAGGGCCAGAUGGAGACACUGGAGAAGCUGAGGGGCGUCAGGGAGGAGGUCCAAGAGGAAGACGACACCUUCAUAGCAGAGGUGUGUUCGGUGCCGCUGUCAGUCAAAGAUCUGGAGAAGCGGAUGGAGAAGGAGUUAGAAAAGUGGAGGAAAGACAGACCCUCAUCUACCUUUGACCCCAGAGGCCGUUGCCACGGAUACCGGAUGGCGUGGUUGAGAGCUCGAGAGAACGAAGAAGAGCAGGACAGGAAAAAGAGAGAAAAGGGAAACCUGUCUGUCCCUCUUGCUCGUUCAGCCUCCACUCUGUCAUUGUCUCCUUCGCUUCUUCAUAAGUGGAGAAAAGGGGGAAAAGUCAAUGCGGGCAAAUCGGAUGGUGGUAAUAAAACUGUGAGACAUCUUUCAAUGGGAGGAACGGAGGACUGGAAAAGUUUGACUGAUUUAGAUUUUAAGAAGGUACAGGGAGUCCAGGAGGAGGAAGAUGGAUUUUCAGAGGGAAACAAAACACAGAAUGAGUUGAAAUCAACAAAACAAAGCAUAAAAACAGAGCCUGAAGUAGAAACUGUAAUAGUAGUAACAGAAGAGACUGAAAAAGUGGAAACAAGAGGCACUGAAAAUGAAGACAGUCAAUUCAAAGAGACACAGGAGAGCAAAACGCUUUCAGAACAGAAAGAAGAAAGAAACCCGUGUCCAGCCAAAGAUCAGACUGUUGAAAAUAUUUUCCAGCCAAAAGAACUAACAUCUCAGUGUGAACAGGAGGAAAAGCGGGUUUCAGAAGGACACAACGCACAGAGUGAGUCCCAACCACCAGGACAAACUGAACAGGAGGAGCUUUUACAGGAAACUGAAGAGAUCGACAAAGUCCAAAACAUACUAACGGAGCAGACAGAUGAAACUGUAACAAUACAAGAAGAGAGUGAAGAAGUGGAAGAAAGACUCACUGAAAAGGAGGGCAGCCAGAUGAAAGAGACAGAGGAAAGCAUAAUGUGUUCAGAACAGACAGAAGAAACAAAUCUGUGUCCUGCCGAAGAUCAGACUGUUGAAAAUAUUCUCCAGCCGACAGAACAUACAUCUCAAUGUGAAGAGGAAGAAACGAUGGAUGCUGUGAGCAAAUCACAAGCCCCGGAAGAGCAAAGUCACAAUAGUACGAACCAGGAAACUGAGAUUAAAGACACAAACGAAGCUGCAAGAAAAAAACACGUAGCAGAAAAUAAACCUACAGCUGCUGCGGGUGUCAACCACACUGAGGUACCAAGAGAUGCUAAGGUAGAUGCAAACAUCGAGGUAGAAAUGCAAGUAAGUGUAGAUUCAAGUACAGAGCAAAUGACACAAGCUGACAUAAUACCAGAGGAGAGCACAGAAACUGAAACUAUGCAGCAUGUGCAGGUGAACACAGUCACAGAAGUCUCAGAGACGAGGACUGAGACCAGUCUGGACUCAGAGACACUCACAGGUGUUGAAGCUGUUGAACUUCAAGACCCUACAACAGCCACAGAAACACAAGAGGAGCAAGAAGACAUGAUCACAGAAACAGAAAAGGUCACAUUUAAAGAAACAUACCACAGCACUGAGGCAUUAGUAGAAACACAAAAGGCCGAAGAGUCCCACACCCAAACAAUGACAGAAACUGACGUACUGGCACAGACUCAAGAAAAGACAGAAGAAAAUGCAGCCACGCCAGACGAACCUGAGGCUGAAAUAAUACAAAUAGAAUCAGACCAGCACGUAGAUUUAGAGACGGAGACUAAAACAGGAGAAGAAGAAACAUUGAGACUGAAUUCACCUGAAUGCAUCCAACAAAAAGAAGGUUUACCCGCUGAAAUAGAGGCUGAAGCUGAAGUUGCAAAAGACUCAUUAGAGGAGUCAAAUGAAGCAACAGCAUGUGAGCCUACACAAGGAGAACAAGAAGUUAUUUUGACUGUACACUCAGACGCACGGGUUGACAGUGACACAUGUAUCUGUGAUGAAACAAAUACAGCAGAAACGCCCACACAAACUCAGAUGAAUGAGGAGACUACAGAGUCUGAAAUAUUUGCAGAAAAGGAAGAGACUGAAGCACUGAACCCAAUCACUGAGCCUGAUGGGAAGAGUGCAUUACAAGUAUGUGACUCUGAGACCCAAGUACAACAACCAACAAACCAGGUCACUGUGGUCCCUGUGGAGGAAGAGGAAAGCACAGAAAAUGUCCAAGAAAACACAGCAGGAGAGGACGAGGUCUUCAUUUCCACUGAGCCAGCAAAUGCUCCAACUACUGACAACAGCACGGAAGUCCAAGACAAAGACCAUCACUCUGUAAAGGAGCCGUGUGAGCUUCUGGUACAAACCUCUGGGCGUCGCAGCAGCCGGUCUUCUGCUGAUUUCUGUGUCCGCAAGCCAUCCAGCUCACGUGGCUCCAGGUUGGCACGUAGGCUCUCUGAAGAUCUCUUCACCAGCCCGCAGAAAAGUAGCCAAUCACAAGAUGUCCCCAAUCAGUCGAAAGAAUCAAAAUCACAUCCUGGAGCUGCAAACCCAAAGCAAACCGCUCCUGAUGUGAAACUUUCUGCAGAGGUAAAAGAAGGGCAACAUGCAGAUCCCCCAAAGCGUUUUGGUCUCUUCCGCAGACUGAGAGGGGAGCAGCACAAAAACACCACAGCAAAGGGGACACCAAAAAUGCAAGUGCCGAAAAUCUUGAUUCAAGACUUCAGUGACGGCACAGGGACUGGGAAAAUAGUCGAGGAACCGGUGGAGGAGAAACUGAGUUCCAAGGAGAGGAGGAGGAGGCGUAGGGAGCAAGAAAGAAGGGAGAAAGAGGAGGAGAGGUUGAAAAAGAAGAGAGAAAAGAGCUGGGAAAGGAGAAGGAGCGAGAAAGGAGGAAACCGCAGACGAGGGGGAAAAGUUUUCAAGUGCAAAAAGAGAAAAGUAGCGAAGAUGGUGCUCGUCCUGGAAAGACUGGCUCACAGACUCUUAGACAUUCUGCUUCUUACGCUGAAUCUUACUUUUGACAAUUAA